UAGAUGCCAGUGCAGACACACUAGAUGAUGAGAGCAGAACUAUCGGACAUCCUGAGGCAGAGAAAGAAACAUAAACAUAACAGUAGUCAUGAUCAGUACAAAAUAUUUACUGUAUUUACGCCAUCUAGAUCUACUUGUGGCCCUAAUACUUCCAAUCGGACAGAUAAAAGCACUGAUGUUGAGGUCAUCCUUCAAAACAAGCAUGGGACCCCUUCUACGCAGUUACAUUUCAUGCUUUCUAGGACUGUUUUUAGUGGCAAACGUAGGGGCGGAGUAUCGCUACAUUCCUAUUUGGAACGAGGACUAUGGUACCAUGGUUCAGUGUAGGGAUAUCCAGUGUGAGAAAGGGCAGUAUGCCAAACUGUGCACACCUCAUGACAGGGAUUCGUCACGCUGCGUCCCCUGUGAAGACGGUUACUAUCAAGACGAUAAUGUGAAUCCCCUGGGUAAAAAAUGCAAACUGAAACGACUAUGUCUAGAUCAGAAUCCAGACGUACAGAAAUGCACCACCGUCAAGGACCCCGGGAGUUUGACCAAGGAUGCGGAAUGCUCUUGUCUUCAAGGUUGCACAUGGCACAAGUCACUCGCUGAAUGCAUUCCUGACCCCAGCGUGCUGCCUACCACGUCGCGACCUCCUUGUCCGCCCGAUCAAACGACCAAAGAAAAUAGCACAGGUUGUUUCCCCGAGUGUCCAGAGGAUUUUUUCAAGGACGGUGACAGCUGCAAGCAAUACACGAAUUGUCGGAGAGAGGGGAAGUGUGUGGAAAUCAAGGGAAACGCCACCGCCGACAACAUCUGCAGCGCAACCAACUUCACAGAUUGGACCAAGGACUGCAACCAGACGGGUCCUUCACAGCAGCAGAAGUCAGAAGGGCCUAAGAUGCUAAUGAUUAUACUUGGUGUGACGGUCCCUGGGGUUAUUUUAUGUGCACUAGCCAUUAUAACUUAUUGUGCAUGGAAAUGGACAACGAACAAAAAGAAUGAAGAACAAAAUAGACAGGAGAUUCUGGCCCGACUGACUAGUGGAACUUUGGAGGGGGAAGUUCUUCAUAUAGCAUUUGGGAUAGUGGAAAAUAACAUCGGUAAAAACUGGGAGCGAUUGGGAAGACGUCUGUUGGAGAAUUUUGAUACUACUGUGCGUUUUGAAAUAUAUGAAGCAUAUCCUCCUUCCAGUACACCGCUUGCAGAUCGAGUGAACAGAAUGCUCACGAUGUGGAAGGAAAAACGCGCCAUAGACGCCACGGUGGCUGCUCUUAUGCAGGCGCUGGAUUUUAUAGGCCAGGGGAAUAUAUCCCACACCAUACUGCAAAAAAUUGAAGGACUUCUUAGUGAGACAGACAGUACCAAUUUUACAGAUGAAAACCGAGACUUGGCCGUUCAUUCGUCUUCUGUGCCGGACGUACACGAGACCGCAAGACGUCGCGACCAUCGUCAAGACAACCUGCCUCCGUGCAAGUCGGUCUCCGUCAACGAAAUCAAUCAGGGCAAGCAGCAACGUUCGGUAAUUAUGGCGGCAGCAUCUUCGGGAAUCGGUCUGUCAAGCUCGGACGCCAAGGUCUCAUCGGUGCCAAAUUUUGCUCAAAUCAAAAUGCAGAAGUCACACCAGAGGUCGGGCAGUGAUGGGUCGGUGACAAGUAGAGACAGUCUUCUCGGUGAGAGCAAAGACACGGUGGACGAGGAAAGCAAGGUGGUGGUUAAGGAGACGUGUGUGUGAUAGACCUUUAAGCAGAGAUCUAGUUCUAAGAGAACUUCGUAUGCAAGUUGACACAAAAUAGCAAUGCGAACAACACGGUUGUACUCUACUGAUACAUGUAGGGCAGAAGACUUGCAUGUUUUUUUACCUCAUUGUUAUAUUUAUUUCCAAUGUAAAUGCAAAAAUGUUACUUGUUGUAUAGUUUUGAUUACCUUAUUCAUAUUAAUAAGAAUAUGAGAUUAAUAUGUUGGAUAUUACUGGUGGAGUCAAGGUGUUGAAGACGAGAGUUCCGAUAAGUGUAAGCCACUUUAAAGUUACGGAUUAUGAACAAGAAGAGCUAUUGCUAAUGCUUGAUUGUAGGUAUUUUGAAAAAAAGGAAAAAUGAAAA